CAUCAUGUGCGGCCAGUGCAGCAGAUUACGAUUAUUAGUCAGUUCGUGUUAUUUAUACUCAUCUUAAAACAUCUGUUUCAUAUGCAGAACGUUUAUUAGUAGUUACGUAGUCCACAAAUGUUUCUCUGUAACCCUAGUAAGGAUCUAGUUAGACUAGUUUAGCUGAAAUAACCCGUGGUGGAGGAUCUGUGAUGAUUUACACCGGUAAACUAUCUUGUUUGUCUGAAGCGUGUUUGUCCUGGACUCCGUCAUGGCAUCCAUAGUCAAUGACACGGCUGAAGCUCUGGAUCUGUGUCCGGAGUAUCACCUCUACCUGAAGCCCAUCGCCAAAAUGACCAUCAGCGUGGCCCUUCCUCACCUGAAGCUGCCCGGUAAAUCCAUCUCUAACUGGGAGGUGAUGGAGCGGCUGAAGUCCAUGGUGCAGCCGGAGCAGUUCUCCUCGCUCCGCAUCUCUAAGAGCACCAUGGACUUCAUCCGCUUCGAGGGCGAGGUGGAGAACAGGAGUGUGGUCAAACGGAUCCUGAGCAAACUGGAGGGGAAGAGCAUCAAACUGAGCGGAUUCACCGACAUCCUGAAGGUGCGGUCGGCUGAGAAUAAAGUGGACUUCCCGACACGCCACGACUGGGACUCGUUCUUCAGAGAUGCCAAAGACAUGAACGAGACGGUUCCCGGAGAGCGUCCAGACACCGUUCAUCUGGAGGGGCUUCCCUGCAAGUGGUUCGCGCCGAAGGACGCUUCUCCUGACAGACCGUCGGAGGCCGUCCUGAAGACUGUUUUUGAGCAGUUCGGUAAGAUCCGGAAUGUGGACAUUCCCAUGCUGGAUCCGUACCGCGAGGAGAUGACGGGGAAGAACUUCAACACGUUCUCGUUCGGAGGACACUUGAACUUUGAAGGUUACGUGCAGUAUCAGGAUCACACGGGCUUCGUCAAAGCCGUGGACUCGCUGAGAGGAAUGAAGCUGAUGUUUAAAGGGGAUGACGGGAAAGCCGUGGCCUGCAAUAUCAAGGUGACGUUUGACACGACUAAACACCUGAGUGAAUCUUCACUAAAGAAACGACAGCAGGAGCGACUGAAGCUUCAGGAGCUCGAGAGACAGCGAGAAGAACAUAAACGACGAGAGAAGGAGGAAGAGGAAAGAAACAAAGAGGAAGAGAGAAAACAGCAUCAGCAGGAGGAAGAGGAAAAAGAGAGGAGACGAGAGGAGAAACGGCGUAAACGUGAGCAGAAGCUGAAGGAGAGAGAGGAGAAGAAGAACAUGAAGAAGAUGAAGAAACAUCAGGAGGAAGAGCAGAAGAAGCUUCACCUGAAGAUCGCCUUGGAGGAGAGGAAACUCCUGCUGGCCCAGAGGAACCUGGGGUCCAUCAGACUCAUCGCAGAGUUACUGAGCAGAGCAAAGACUCUGAAGCAGCAGCAGGCGGAGCGGCAGAAGGUCGAGCUAGUGCGGCUGCAGCAGCUGGAGGAGCGCAGACGUCUGCAGGAGGAGGAGCUGCGGCGCGUGGAGGGCGAGAAGGCGCGCACGCUCGAACUGCAGCGGAAAGAGCGCGAGCUGCGCGACAGACUGCUGGUAAACCUGCUGAAGAAAAGCACAAAUGCAGACGCACAAGACCCGAAGACCCGUGAAGACGCCAGUAUUGACGUGGAUCUGCAGGUCUGUGAGGUACGAACGCACGUGAACGGAGUGACGCUCAAAGCGGACGCGAUAAAGAUGGGAUGCCACGACGACGAGCCAAAGAGACAGGAGAUAGAGGUCAAAGGUGACGACCAGGACGGGGACAAGCGCAGUACAGAACGCAGCAAACGUGAGCGGCGCCGCAACAGCAGAAGGCGGAGCCGUGAGCACAGGAGUCGCAGGAGGAGUCGCAGCCGCAGCAGAAGUCGUCAAAGGCGCAGCAGUAGUUGCAGGAGGAGCAGCAGCCGAAUGCGACACGCUCGCGGGAGGCGUAACCGAGCGAGUCCGGAGCGCCGCAGGAAGUACAGUCACAGCCAGAGCAGCAGCAGUCGCUCGUCCAGUCGAGGACAUCGACGUCACUCUCACCAGCGCUCCAGACGACACUGAGAGAACGUUGAAAUGUCGACUGAAUCUCUCGAACAUGUGCAGGUCACAUCUCGCUCCAACAUCAAAGAAUCUUUCGCUUAAAGAGAAUUAUUAGGUUUUAUUUUUAGGACCAUAAAAAUAGUUUUUUUGCAUUGUGGUGUUAUUUUCAUGACAAUAAAUCACGAUUGAAGCAAGUUUGCCCCUAAAUUCUCAUUAACGAUGUGUUAUGCUUUUUAUUAAUUUGCAUAAUUCUCAAAGAUGAUUAGCAUUACUUAUGUACAGUAACAUGUACAGUUUUUAUUAAAAUAAUUUCGCAUGAAAUUAAUGAAAUUUGCUUCUUUUUAAAUGUAUUAUUUAAAUGAGCGUUUCCCAUCCAAAUAUUUUCAUACCAAAUUCUCAUUAACGCGGAGCGUCCGGGUGUUUUUCAUUGAUUUAUUUGUACUGUUUUAGUAAUAAUUGACAUUAAAAUAAUGUAAUACAAUGUUUUUUUUCUGUAGACUUUUUGUUUAUAUAAGUUCAAAAUGAAAAGGUGAACAGAAAAUGGCAAAAUACUUAAUGAUUGAAAUUAUAUUUCAUUAUUUUUACAUUACUGAGAAUUUGAAAUGAACAUGAAUUUUACUUUAAAAUUAUUACCAUGAAAGCUUUGAAAAAAGCCGUAUAUCAGAAAUUAAU